AUGGUUACUCAAACUAUUGAAAACAUCGUUUUUAUUAACGAAUAUGAACAUAAAAUCCGGAGAUUCAACGUAACUGCUAGGCGGUUGGAAUUUAGAUUUCUUGAUUACAAUGGACAAGGAACACCUAUUGACUGGCUAAGAAGAGGUUUAAACGAUAUUAUUAAUAAUGGUAUGCGUGGAUUCGCAAAUACUGAUAGAAUCGGUAUCACUUUUUUCAACGCCGAUUUUACCGAUAGGCCGUUACCCAUGUCAUUUAGGAGGAGAGAUCAGAUAUCGGCAGAUGCUAUAUUGGAUACUUUGGCCAAAGUUUUGCAGAGUAAUGCAAGCUUUUUAUAUAGGCUGCUGAAGUUAUUUGAAGAUGAACAAACUGAUGAUGAAGAUUACAGUUGUGAUGAUGAUCACGAACAGAAUGAGGACAGAGAUAAGAAAGUAGUGAUAUGA